UGCAAGGAUGCUGUUCUCUUUAAUUACUGCCGCAGCCGCUGGACUUGCUGUCGUUUUGACAGUACAGAAGCUUUUUUAUCCAUACUUUUGGGAUGAUUUGAUUUAUUACAUUAAGCUUCAAAGAGUCAAACGAAUGAUGAAGUUAAGGAUGCGACAAGGAGUCAUAACUUUUCUGGACUGCUUUGUACAACAGGCAAAGAAAAUCCCUAACAAGCCCUUCAUAAUCCAUGAAGGCGAUGUUUACACCUAUCAAGAUAUGGACAAAAGGAGCAAUAAAGUGGCUCAGGUAUUUCUUAAGCAGGGUUCUUUGAAGAAAGGGGACAUCGUGGCUCUGCUGAUGACCAAUGAACCAGAUUUUGUUUCUGUCUGGUUCGGACUCAGCAAACUAGGUUGUGAAGUGGCGUUUCUCAACUUUAACAUCAAAUCCAAUUCUUUGCUAAAUUGUUUCAACAGCUGUGGGGCUUCAGCCCUCGUCGUGGGAGCAGAUUUGAUCAGUUCACUAGAAGAUGUACUGCUAACACUGCAGAAUAAUGGGAUCAAUAUUUGGCUGAUGGAAAAAAGCUCUACUUUCCAAGGAGUUAAUACAAUUCUUGACAAGCUAGAACAUGCAUCAGAUGAUCCUGCACCAUUAGAUGUUAGCUCUCAAACCAACAUUAUGUCAACCUUCCUUUAUAUCUUUACUUCUGGAACCACAGGUCUUCCGAAAGCAGCUCGUAUAAGCCAUCUCAAAGCUGUGAUGUGCUUAUGUUUCCUCCAGAUGUGUGGAGCUACUUCUGAUGACAUUAUCUAUGUCACUCUUCCUCUUUAUCACAUGUCGGCUUCCCUGUUAGGAAUCGGGGGGUGCAUUGAACUAGGCGCUGCAUGUGUUUUAAAGAAGAAAUUCUCAGCAAGUCAAUUCUGGAAUGACUGUUGCAAGCAUAACGUCACAGUUUUCCAGUAUAUUGGGGAACUUUGUCGGUAUCUGGUGAAUCAGCCAAAGGUUGCAGGGGAAAUGGAUCACAAGGUGCGCAUUGCUGCAGGAAGUGGCCUAAGGCCGGAUGUUUGGAAGGAUUUUCAUGACCGCUUCAGUAAAAUUAAAGUUGUUGAGUCUUACGGUUUAACAGAAGCAAGCAUUGGUUUCAUGAACUACACUGACAAAACUGGUCCAAUUGGACGUGCAGGUUUCUUCAACAAGUGCACUUUCCCCUUUGAUUUUGUGAAGUAUGAUCUUCAGAAGGAAGAACCAGUCAGAUCUGAUCAGGGAUACUGUGUGAAAAUCAAAAAAGGUGAAACUGGUCUAUUGAUAGCCCCUGUAACUUCAAUGAACCCGUUCCUAGGAUAUGCUGGAAAUAAGGAGCUGUCUGAGAAGAAGCUACUGAGGAAUGUCUUUGAGAAAGGAGAUGUGUUUUUUAACACUGGUGACUUCAUGAUGCAAGAUCGUGACGACUUUGUGUAUUUCCGGGACAGAACAGGGGAUACAUUUAGAUGGAAAGGAGAAAAUGUUGCAACAACAGAAGUGGCUGAUAUUCUUGGUGGCCUGGAAUUUUUGCAGGAAGUGAAUGUAUAUGGAGUUUCUGUACCUGGACAUGAAGGAAAGGCGGGGAUGGCAGCUGUUGUUCUCAAACCAGAACACAAACUGGAUGGAAGGCGGCUUUACAGUCAUCUAGUAGAACAUUUGCCUGCAUAUUCCUGGCCUCGAUUUGUAAGAGUCCAGGCCUCCCUGGAUGUGACUGAAACGUUUAAGCAGCAAAAAGUGAGACUGGUGAAGGAGGGCUUCAGUCCUUCAGCUGUCAGUGAGGCUCUGUACUUUUUGGAUGAGUCUGAAAAAACCUACGUCACCCUCACCAAAAAUCUCUUUGAUGACAUUGUGUCUGGCCAGAUAAGACUGUGAGACAUUGUCAUAUAUUUAAUCUACGUCACCUUAAAACCAGGUCCUUUGGCUGUGUUCAGUCUUCCCUUAAUGAGUUGCUUGAUGUUUUGUGUAGCUCACUCAAAUAUUCCAAUAAUCCAGAUUCUGCCCAUUCACUAUGUCUCACAACAGGUCACUGGUAUGGUCCUGCAUCUUUUCAAGGCAAACUCCCACAUGCCUCUAAAGUACUUUUAGAUAGAUAAAAAUAUGUAAAAGAUCUGGGAAGAGACUAUUUUAAUGAUUUAAAAGAUGGCGAUAGUUUAAUCCACCACCGUUUAUAUCAAUCGAAUAGUCUUUUUCUUUUUUAAGAAUACCAAUCAACUUGUAAAAUUAUGGUUCCAGGAGUGGGGUGCCUCUACCUUUUAAUAUUAGAAUAGGUGCCGAAGGUGUAGGAAGAAGCAAUGAAAGUUCAUUUGAGUCUCUAUAUAAAUGCAUUCAAAUAUCUAGGCAGCAGAUAUAACGCUAAAAGUGGAUAUUACCUCAGAUUCUAGUGGGAGCACAGGCGGCACUCCUUCAACAGUAGCAGGCUUUGGAAAAGAUUGGCCAGCUCUGUGCUUUGUCCUCCAAGUCUGUGUCUCAGUGUUGCUCGUUAACCAGCCUUUUUUUUUAAUCUGCCUUACUUUUUGUCUUAGUUGCAUCAUCCCUAGGAAUCUAUUCUGGCAAAGCAACCGGUGGAAGCGUGUUGCCCUGACUUUUCAACUAUUUCUCCUGUUUAGACAUUUCCACAAAUAUUUCUGAUCUCUUUUGUCUCCAACAUCAACAUUUAAUAGGUUUUGCCCUAUCUUGACUUGGCAGGCAGUCAGUAACUCCUUACUUAACAAAGAAAAGAUGAAAGUUCUCAGACAUUACAUUCUCAGCAAGAAAGUGUUUGGCAGUUAACAUGAUUAUUAUAAGUAUAUUAAAACACUAAAAUUGUUAAAAGUACUAGAUGUUACCAACUGCAUUCUGUUAUAAGAACUAUUAAUACCAUAUACAGUGUGCUUGAUAUUGCACCCAGUCUCGACUGUCUGUAUUCAUAUUAGUGCCCAGUUUUACUGGCCAAGGGGUAAUAAGCGCCCAUGCUCUCCAAAGAGCCCCCCUCAUCCCAUUGAUUUUUUCAAUGUCUUAAAUAUUAUGUUACUUACACAAUUAGAGGAAUAAAGUAGUA